AUGACGCCAAAUGGCGUCAUUUUUGUGAAGAUCUUGGUGGUGAAAGGAAAAGUCACCAAAUCAACUUGUGAUUUACCAGAAAUUAUUGCAAAAUGGUACGUUAAGGUUAAGUCGAAUAAACAACGUCGAUAUGGGGAGGAUAUUUGGACCGACGUUACAUGGUUAAAUUUAAAUAUUAACGACAAAGGAGCGUUUGUCGCUAGCGUUGAUGUAUUGGGAUAUAAUAAUAGCGAGCCUUUAACUAAAGCUCGUUCUAUGUAUGGAGAGUAUCGUAUUGUUAAGUGUUAUUUAUAUUAUUAUCCAAAUUCAACAGUUGGACAUAUUACGAAACAAACUACCGCUGAGGAAGCUAUACGUGAUUUUGGUGUUCGUUAUUUGGGCCAAUAUGCAGAAAUUGACAAAAUUCCAGCUCCAGCUAUGGUAGCUAGCAUCGAGGGAGUUAAACCGUUUGAUCCGUUUAGGCGUCAUAAAAUGUAUUGGGUUCCUACAGAAAAUGAUGAUAAAAAAUAUCUUCGAACUGGGUCAGACCAUUUAGAGAAACACGUAUUAUAUUAUUUAUACGGUAAAAUAAAUAUUAAACCGUCGGGGGAAGAUGGAGUAAUUGGACAUAUAUGUAUGUAUCGUAAAUACGCAUUUCGACAUAAACUAUUGCCAAAUGUAGCUAUACCUACAGAAUUAAAUUUAUUUAAUGAUUCUGAAUUUGAAAUGAAACGGUCAGAUAAAGGGAAACGUAAACGAAGUAUUAGUGAUAGUAGUAGUGUAUUAGAUAGAUUAAAUCGUUUGAAGGUUAGAUUAGAUUUAGCUGAAGAUUUAUAUAAUGUAAAUGAUUCAAGUGUGCCCAGUAGUAGUAUAGAAACACUGAAUUUACGUGGUUCUUCUGAAAUGGAAGUUUAA